AUGAUAAUCAAUUAUGAUGAGACUGCGUUGUCCGACGACCCAGGCCGUCGCAAACUAAUUUUUAAAAGGGGUUGUAAAUACCCUGAGCGAGUUAUGAACGAAAGUAAGAGCAAUGUGUCUGUGAUGUUUGCUGCCACUGCUUCUGGCAAAAUGCUGGCUCCUUACAUAAUUUAUAAAGCCACUAACUUGUACGAUUUAUGGUACCAAGGUGGACCUCCAGGAUGCUUUUACAACCGCACCAAGUCAGGUUGGAUUGACGGAAACACAUUUUUAGAUUGGUUUCAGAGAGUUGUCAUCCCGUACUGUCGCAGAUCAAAUGGGAAAAAAGUUGUAAUAGGUGACAACCUAAGUUCACAUUUGUCACCGGUUGUUAUUCGGCUAAGUGAACAAAACAACAUACAGUUUGUUUUUCUGCCGGCUAAUUCAACCCAUUUGACGCAGCCCCUGGAUAUAGCACUGUUCGGUCCCAUGAAAAAAUGCUGGCGUAAUUUUAUGGAAGAAGCAAAAUUACAUGAAAGGAAUAGCAAUGCCUUUGAUAAGAGAUAUUUUCCAUCUCAUGUGAGGAAAGCCCUACAAAAACUAGAGCCUAACUUACAGAAAGACAUCAUUGCAGGUUUUGACAAGGCAGGAAUUUUUCCUCUUAACCGAAAACGUGUGUUGGACCGGCUGCCCCCUGAGCUGUGUGAGGAUGAAGAUGUUGAUGGCAGUCAGGCUAAUAGCAGCACUAGUGUAAAUGACAGUUUAACAACUUUCUUGAAAGAGAUGCGUUAUGGUGAUGGGAGUGAAAAUAUUUCAUAA